AAAAAUAAUCAGCGAAAACGUCAGUUCGUCUUCCGGUCAGCUGGUAUAAAUAUUUACAUCAAGUAUUUAAAGAAUUAUUUGUUUACAUCCAAGUUAGUGAAUUUUAUAUUAACGAAUUUUUUCGUGGGUUAAUUUACUUGACCCAAUGAAUCAGAAUAAUAAAUUAUAAGUCUGAAAAUUUGAAUAAAAUCAUGUCAGAUUUAAAAGAACCAGCAAAUCUGAUGACUAAAUAUCACGCAAUCAACAACAAACUCAAAAAACGUUUCAUGAAGAAUCCAAACUACUCUGAAAUCAGCGAAGAAUUCAUCUUAUUAGCAAAAGAAUGCGAGCAGAACCAGGCUUGGCAGUAUGCUGGGUUGUGCUACACAGCAGCUUCAAAGUGUUAUCACACAAUGGGAAUCACAACAUCAGAGAUAAACUCGUUGGUGCAAGCGGGGAGACAGUAUUUAGUCGCGGAAAAACAAAAUGCGGACAUCGGCUGCCCUUCUAUGGGUCAAGAAAACAUAAUAGCCGCAACUAAAAGCUUCCUCGAUGCUGCAGAACGGGUUCCUGAUGCUCCAGAGUUCAACGUCCUGGUUUCCGAGUGUCUCAGAGAAUCAGCAGGCUUCCAAAAAGGCUCCUCGGCUUGUGAUCAGCUGCUGAAAAAGUCUAUCAGCAUGUUUGCCACCGUCGAAUCUCUGGAUGAGUUGAUACUAAACUGUAUAGAGCAAGAAAGUUUUGUUGAGGCCUUCAACGCGAUCAAUGAACAAAUCAGUCUCAUUGAAAGCAUCGAAACGAAAACGUUGUCCCGUUAUCGUCACUCUUUGCACGACGCCGAAAUCAAUAGGCUGCUGCUGAUAUUGAUAAUGUACCCGACCUGUUUCAAGGUUCAACCUGCGCAUAGAAAUGUCUUGGAUAAAUUUAUCGCCAAUGAAGAGAAUACCAAAAAUUGUCUCUGUUUGAGUGACGAUGAAUUUAUUCUCCUGCAGUCACUGAUCUUCGCUUGUCAGUCAGAGGACAUUGAAGCUAUUGUAGAUUUAGAAACAGAGCUAUGGGAUUAUUUGAAUGCCAAUCAGAAAGGUCUUCUACGAAUGUUAGUUAGAAUUGUGACCAAUGAAUGUUAAUUUAUUUUUAUUUAAUUUUUUUUUAUCGUUUUAUUGAAACAAAUAGGAAUUUAUUAUCGAAAUUUAUAGUUGGUCUUUUUGAAGGCGUCCUCAAGAAGUCUUAUCAUGACUUCUUAAAGCUGUCAUUUUUAAGAACUCUUAAUUAAGAGUUCUUGAAGACUUCGUAAAUAAGACGUCAGUUUUGUGACGUCUAAAUUUAUUCUUUUUUUUAACUUCUUUAUGAAGUCAAAAUUAGGAGCUCCUUAAGACGUCAUAGUAAAUUCACACUGAAGUCUUAUUUGCGAAGUCAGAAAAAAGAACUCUGAGAACUUUUUUUAAAGACGUCUUACUGAGUUCGCUAGGUGGCUCAUUCGACAUCUUGAGAACUUAUUAAAGACUUCUUUACGUUGUUAAUGAGACGUCCAAAUCAUAAAUAGGAACUCAUCAAGACGUCAUUUUGCUAUCUGGGAUUUGUGGCCACUGCUCCAUUUUUGGACAUUUAAUACUUUAUUUUAGUGAAUGAAAAAGAGUGAAAUAAAUUUACAUUUUAAUAGCGGGACAAAUGUAUCUCGAAAUAUAUUUAAAAAAUUAAUUAGUUAUUGCGUCAUUUUCAAAUUAAUUUCUUAAAAUUUUUCAAGUGUCCAAAACUGGCCCAAAAACGGUACCUCUACUCUGUACUUUUUUUUUAAAUUUGUUAGAUUUUAUCUCUAAAUAAUUUAAAAUAAAAAUAAAUAAUUAAGUUGACAUAUAAAAUAUUUUUAUACAAUAAAAUAAUAAAAAAAUAGUCGUCUUAUUUUGAAAAUAAAAAAAUAAAUUUAAAAUUAUAAUAAAAAAAUAUUUAUUAAAAAAAAUAAUUUUAUUAUUAUUUUUUCUAUAACUAUUCAUUAUUACACUUCAAUUAUUUAAGUUUUUCAUAUUUUAUUAUUUAUAAUUUAU